AUGGGUAAUGAUGGUGGCAGUAUACCCACCCGCAGAGAGCUCGUGAAAGAGUCGUCGAAAGCCAAAACAUUGACCGAGGUCAAAGAGAAACAGAAAGAACACCUCGCGCAUCGAUGGACACAAUGUCCCCUUUCAAAAUCUCAGCUCAAGAUACCUGUUGUAGCCGACUAUAGCGGGGAUCUAUACAACAAAGAUGCGAUAAUACAAUUCCUACUGCCGGAAGAGAUUUCAACUCUCAGUAAACAGGAAGCCGAGGAAUUCGUGCAAGGACGAGUCAAGAGUCUCAAGGAUGUUGUGGAAGUGCAGUUCGAAGAGGCUGAUGGGAAGUGGGUGUGCCCGGUGACUGGUAAAGAGCUUGGACACUCAACCAAAGCUGUCUACAUUGUACCUUGUGGUCAUGCUUUCAGCCAGGAAGCUAUCGUUGAGAUGAAGAGCAACGAGUGCCCGCAAUGCAGUCAGACGUUCGAAUCGCCGAGAGACAUCAUUCCGAUCUUACCAACCACAGAAGCUGAAAAGCACACGAUUCUGACCAGGAUAGAGACCCUGCGCGAACUAGGGCUUUCACACUCACUGAAACCGGUCAAAGGUUCGAAAUCGAAAAAGAGGAAAGCACAUGAUGUUGAAGAGAACAAAUCGGAUGGCCAGGCGGUAAAAGCAGUGAAGAAGGGAGGCAGUGACUCAAAAUUGACAGGUAUCAAGAAUGCCGCGACUGCUGGUUUGACACAACGGGUGAUCCAGGAGGAAGUGGAAAAGAAGAAGCAGCGACUAUCCAACGAUACCGAGACGAUACGAUCCCUCUAUACGCAGAAAGGUGACGAGGAGAAGAGGAAAAGGGACGCGUACUUCAUGACCCGAGGCUUCUCAUAUAGGGAUUGA